AAUGACCUUUCCUUCCCCUUUACUCCCGAUUUACCAAGAUCUGAAGAUACAACCAUCGUUUUUCGUCAAAUCCCUUCGUUUUUAGAAAAUAUGGAAGAUUCACCUGAUUUAAGCAAGGAUGGUGAGGACUGUAGCAAAAUUCCGUCAUCUAGUAGUCCUGGUGGUGGAAAUGAGAAUAUUAACGAUCAUAUCACUACGAAUCAGCCCAUAGAAGCUGAUGUUGGUCUUGAUUCAGUCGUUACUGCAACUACUCUGCAAGUUAGUGUUGAAAUAAACGAUUCUACAGUUAUAGAAAGUAAAACUUCAGUACUUGCUGAAAAUGGUGCAGCGGUUCAAGAUGGAAGUCCCGUUGGGAAUCAUAAGAGAAACGGAAGUCCUGCCAGCAACCGUGAGAUAGAUGCCGUAUCUGGUAUUAAGAGACCCCGAAUAACUGUUGAUGAACAGCAAGCUUCAGUCCAUGUCAUUUAUAAUUCUUUAACAAGAGAGAGUAAACGGAAGCUUGAGGAGUUAUUACAGAAGUGGUCAGAAUGGCAUACUCGACAUCGUUCUUCAGCUCGUGAUUCAGAGGUUGAGCUAGAAUCUGGCGAAGGGACCUAUUUUCCCGCUCUUGAUGUUGGUCUCGAUAAACCUUCUGCAGUGUCAUUCUGGUUGGAUGGCGAAACUAGGAAUUUGCAAAGCAAGGAAGUUAUAGCGUUGGAUAACAACUCAAUCCCGCUUUAUGAUCGUGGAUAUUCUUUCGGCUUAACAUCAGCGGAUGGUUCGAUGAAUGUCAAUGGAGGUUUGGAAAUAGUGGACGGUUCUCGCUGCUUUAAUUGUGGUUCGUAUAACCAUGCACUGAAGGAAUGCCCUAAACCUCGUGACAACGCUGCUGUUAACAGUGCUCGUAAACAACAUAAAGCUCGGCGUAAUCAGAAUUCCAUCUCUCGUAAUCCAACUCGAUACUAUCAAGACACUCCUGGGGGGAAGUUUGACGGUUUACGGCCGGGCAUGCUGGAUCCAGAAACAAGAAAACUUCUGGGUCUUGGGGAACUCGAUCCGCCUCCAUGGCUUAACCGAAUGCGAGAAAUUGGUUACCCACCAGGAUACAUAGAUGCAGAAGAUGAGGAGCAGCCAUCUGGGAUCAAAAUAUAUGGGGAGGCGGAGGAGGAGGAGGUGGUUGUUAAACAGGAAGAUACAGAGGAUGGUGAGAUUCUUGAUAUGGAUUGCUCCCCUCCUCCCGGAGAGCCAUCGAGACCCGAACCACCGAAGAAAAUGAGCGUCCAAUUUCCGGGCGUGAAUGCUCCAAUUCCAGAAAAUGCCGAUGAAUGGCGUUGGGGAGCAAGGGCUUGGAAGUUUGAUUUACCGAGAAAUAGAUCGAGCAACAGGUUUCAUAACUCGACCGAAAGUCCUGCAAUUAGUAGGUCUCAUUAUCAUGAAGAAAGGUGGAAUCGGGAUUAUAGGGACGACGGGCCACCUGGAGUGGAGCCGGGUAGCGGUCCGUUGGGUUCCAGCUUUUCACCUAGGUUCAGUGAUUAUGAGUCUAGAGGGUCAAGUUAUGGGAGGUCUGUGUCGGAAAGAAUGAAACGAAGCCCUUUGAUUCGUGAAAGCGGUUCUAGCCAUGAUGAUGAGCGGUGGAACCCGUAUUCAGGCGAGCGAAAGGAGCGGCAUGAAGAGCGGCACCACCAUCAUAGUCGGAGGUGAUUAAUCGGAGAGGGGUUAGCAAAGAUGGUUAGUUUAGCCUCUGACUAAAUACAGACUGGAUGAUUAUUUUUUAGUUUUCUGUGGAACCUGCAAUGUACUGUUUGUACUCUAAAGCUGUUGUGGCUUUAUUAUGUUGUACACCUGAAACUUUGGUUCUCUUGGUUGGUAAGAUGCCAUUUAUGUUUAAUAGAUUAAUCUUUGGGU